AUGCUAGACAUAACAGGUAAAGAUGUACAGCGCCAUAUUUCUUUUCAUCGAUUAUCCACCAACGCACUGGGCGGAGAAAUCUCUGAAGCGAUGAAGGCGAAUGCGUCUCACGCUUUUACAAAUGCUCCGUUUACCCUGACAAAGGCAUCCAAUGUGGAUAGUUCUCGCUUUGAUAAUGGACAGGAAGCCAAGAAGCCUUUCUCCAACGCUGAGAGAAAUGUCUCUGAAUCAAAUCCCAUACGGCUGACGCGAAAUUUAUCCGAAGUGUCUACUACCCCGACCUCACUUGCGAUUCCUAGCAGUUCAUGCUUCUGUUUUUCGCAUAGUAUAAAUCCUCAAGGGAACAAGGCGUCGUUCAUUGCUUGCGAUAUCAUGUUUCUUACCGAAAAUAGGCGUCAGCAAGAUUGCGGCUUGAUACCCAUGGGUCUCGUGUUGCGGAUUUGCAUUCCUGAAGCAUUCCCAAUCCUGCUGGUGUACCACCUUCCCAGUUGUACAUGGAAAUUCUUGAAAGGUUGGGUUGGCAGCGGGGGUGGUAGCUACUCCUCAUUGGGCUUGAUACUCAGUACUGUACUCCAAAAUACUCCGUCGGGGUGGCAUCAGAAUCUUCAUCAUGGCAAGCACUGUCGAUCCAGAAAAGAUGAGAUGGGCUUGUACGCGGUGGGUUACGAGAUUAGGAGGGGUUGGGAUAGUCCAGUAGAAGAAAGUGAGUCGGCUAGGUCCUGUCAGUGGUCGGUCGCGACUCCAAUGGCUCAGUAA